UUUCACCUUGAACAACGUUGUCAGUCCACUCACGAGAUCUCACGUCACUGGCUGAACAUCUUGACUUCGAGAUUAUCCUCGCUCUAACAUUCGCACAUCAUCAGGAUUGGCAAAAAUCAUGCAACUAUCCAGUCUGUUAACUCGUGGAGUUGCCAUGGUCUUCACCUUCUCAUGGCUUUUGGCGCAUGCUCUGGAAGAAGGCGAAAUUACCAGUAAGGUUAAGUUUCCUCCUUCUACAGCUAGUUCCUUCCCUCGUUUGGUGAUGGAUGGUACUUUACCAAAUCUUCAGGAGUUUACUCUCUGUUACUGGUUCAAAGUCCAUCGUUUAGAUAGAAGACUCCAUAUAUUUUCUUAUGCCCAGGAUGCAACGGAUAACGAGAUUCUAACUUAUGUGGAAGCCGGGAAUGUCAUGGGUUUCUAUAUCGGUGGUAAAUUACAGCUACAAAUUAAGUGUCCCUCUGACAUAGAGGUUGGAAAAUGGCAUCAUGUUUGCUACGUAUGGUCUUCUUGGGAAGGAGGGUCAUCUAUCAUUAUGAAUGGUUAUCGUUGUCAUGGCAAUUCUACUGGGGUAAAUAAGGGGAAAACAGUUCAAGCAGGAGGUACAGUUGUUCUUGGACAAGAACAGGACACAGUUGGUGGUGGAUUUGUUGCUUCUGAGAGUAUGGAAGGAGAGCUGAGUGAACUGAAUAUGUGGAACUCAGCACUCGACAGUAAACAGAUUCUACACCUGAGUAAAUGUGCUGAUGUAUCAGAAAGACAUCUGUACGGAAACAUAAUUCGAUGGGAAAAAACAACUUUUAUAUUUUAUGACGGAGUUGCUGUUUCUCCUAAUGAAAUUUGUGCUUAGACAGUACUUAACGAUACGUUUAUAUUUGUGUAGACUCGUUAACCAUAAGUUUGUAAGAGCUUUAUAUUCUAAAAAUUUUAUGCAUAUUCUAUAUUUAAAAUCUCUUUCGAGUUUAACUGAGCAUAACUUUGUAAUCGCUUGCACUUUUUCAUCAUAAAACUGAAUUUUCUGAUUAUACAUAUUUUUUGUUUUGUUUUGUUUCAAGUUUGUAAAUUGAAAAGGUCUUCAUAGACAAGCCAUUAAAACGCUAUAUUACAAGAGCAAUGCUUAA